CACAGACAGCAGACAGCAUGCUGGCUCGCACACUGCUUCUGCUUCUGCUGCUGGAGGCGACGGUGACGGAGCUCUGGGCUCAGCCGUACCCCAUCCCACCCACCUGUUACGCCAAAGUACUGGCCAUGGGGAAAGAGAUCACCCAGGGAGCGGCCCGAAUCAAAACAGACCACGACACUCACAGAUGCACAACGCACCUGCCCGACCUCUACAUCGACGUGCACAACGCUUGUGUAAUGUCCACUAUGAGCUCGUAUCUGUCUCUGCUGGACGGUCUGAGAGAACGGAGAUGUGCGUACACCAGGAAAGUGCAGAGUCUGCGUGCUAUGAUCAGACAACUCUAUAUCAUCAUGUCACAGAAAUGUCACGGGGACUUGGUUUUUACUCGUGAUAACUGCGAAGCAGUACAGCACAGAGGAUGAGAGGCUGAAAUCACUUCAGACUUCACUGGACUGAGUUUAGAGAAUGAUUGCACGAAGAUCAUGAAGAGCACAUUACUCCUCAUAUGUUAUAUUCAUAUUUUUUUUUUCAUGAUUUCAAUUUUUAUCAACGCAUGCUGGUUGGUUAUGCCAAAUGGACUUUGAUUUGAUGUACAGAAUUUUUCAAAUCUGAGCAAUAUUUCAAAAAUAAAUUCUUUAAAA